AUGGCCGUCGCCGCAGUCGUCGCUCUCACAGUCCUCUGGUCUAAACACACGAAGGGUAGUGCUGUACCAACUUCGUCGCUAACCUCCGCCCACCAUGGCGAUCCGAGGUGUGUCGAUGUGAUGCUGCCGGUCUCUGUCACCUCGCAGAAUGCCGUCUAUGAUAUUGUACAGAUUGAUACCAGCAUCGAUGCGAUUGCAUAUGCACUCGACAUGGACUCUCGAUCAGCUCCGAGCAUCGAGGAGCGCAUCCUCCGCAACAUCACAGUCAGCGACACCUACAACAUCGCCGCAAAGCUCUGCAUUUCUCGCAACGGUGGAAAGAAGAAUCAUCUACAGAUCGCCACUCAUGGCGGCGUCUUCGAUUCACGAUACUGGGAUGCGCGAAUCAACCCCGAAGAACAUUCCUGGGUUCACAACGCCCUGGCUGCUGGUUAUAGCAUCCUCACCUACGACCGACUCGGGAACGGCAACUCUGAUAAGCCGGAUCCUUACCAAGUCAACCAGAUUCCACUGGCACUGGAGAUCCUUCGCGGCAUCACCAAGAUUGCUCGGGAGGGCCAUUUGAUGAAGUAUGCCAGCCCAGGCAGCAAACAGUCCAAAGCCCAAUUUGACAGGAUAAUCCACGUCGGCCACAGUUUAGGCAGCGCGAUAUCCUUGGGCAUGGUGACGACCUACGGCAACGAAUCAGAUGGCGCCGUCCUGACUGGCUGGACUACAACGUAUCAAUCGACUGGAGGAAAGACCACGACGUUCGAUUUGCAGCUCGCUUCGGAAAAUGACCCAAAGCUCUUCGGUGACUUUCCGAACGGGUACGCCGUUCCCAGUACGGCUUCAGCCAUCCAGACUGGCUUCUUCUCAACACGCAGGAACCACACCGUCGGCAUUGGCGGCUUCACGCCAGAGUUGUUGGAGUACGGCAACUCGAUCAAGUCCCCGAUUGGGGCGGCGGAACUGCUCUCUGCCACGAGACUGAACCUUGGCCUCGCUCCGGACUUCAGCGGGCCCAUACAGUUCGUGCUCGCGGAAUACGACUGGCUUGUGUGUGAUGGUGAUUGCAAAGGGACGACGAACAUGACACUGUUGGAGCAGCUGUAUCCCAAGGCGACCGACAUCAAUGUGUACACUCAGCCGGGCACUGGCCAUGGGCUGCCACUUCAUCGUGGCGCGAACAUCGGUUUCAAGGCUUCCUUCGACUGGUUGGAUCGGAAUGGUUUGUGA